GCGGCUUAUGUACUAAGGUGUAUUAUGUACUAAGGUGUACCUAGGUACACAUACAGCGUUUGUAUGGACCUUCCUCAAUUGCCUAAGGUAUGGACCUGCUUCCAUGCCUCUGAUUGUGUAUCCGUCAGUGGCUCAAGCUUCUCCGUCAUUUAUCAUUCAUUCAUCACACAUCAAAAGUUUCUUAGCAACAACAACUCUCUGAUUGUUAUCUAUUAGCCAUCCGCUGUUUUUACCCAGCAUACCCAAUUAAAGUUACUUGACAGAACCGUUCGCUACUUUCCGCAUCCAAACUGACUAGUUACCUGCCUAAGAGUUCGGCUCCGUCUCUCCGUCUCUCCGUCGCUCCGUCGCGCCCUCUGGAGACUUCAAGUGGGCUUCACUAAACCACCUCACCUAACCUAAGGCCUUCUAAACAACAUAUACAAUAUACAAUAUACAAUAAUAUGGCGUCCCCUCCACGCGCAUACUCGCCUGCGGGUUCUCCGCCGUACUCUGCUAGCGCGCAGUUGCCAUCGAAGAAGCGUGGCUCCGCAACUGCUGAUCUCGCAUCUCAGCCGCCCUCCCUCAAACGUCGCAAAGCAUCUGUCAUGUCCAUAGCCUCCGUAGGCUCAGCCCAUCCUCUCCGACAAACAUCCUUUCCGCCCGAUGAAUCCCAAAUACAAGCCUUCUCUCCGUCCUACCGACGAUCUCCUAGUGCCGAUACCAUGAGCCUCGUUAGUGGUAGUCAAGUUAGCGGCGCGCCCGGGAAGAAAAAACGCGGUAGAAAGUCAAAAGCGGAGCGCGCAAGCGAAGCGGCUGCUGAAGCCAUGCGAGAUGGGUCUCCAAGCGUCGUAGGAGGUCGCGCACCUACCGUCCUUAGUAAUGCGAGCGGUAAUCAUGCUGGGAAGGACGCCGACCCAGACUCUAGGAAAGAAGAGGAGUUCGAGAUACCCGAGAAUAUGGCUAGCAUGUCUGCUGCUCGAACUAAGGAGCAGAUCGAAGAAGAGAAGGAACUAAAUGCGCUUCUCAAGACGCAGAUGGAUGCUUUACAAUUUGAUCGGUAUGAGGUCUGGCAUCGCCAAACUCUCAAGAACGCAGACGUUAAGAGACAUAUCAAUAGCGUCACAUCGCAGUCAUGCCCUACCAAUGUCCAUCAGAUGAUGCAAGUAGUAUGUAAAAUGUACCUAGGAGAUAUUGUCGAGUCCGCACGUGAGGUUCAACAAGAAUGGGUACAAUUAGGCGAGAAGCAAACCGACUUAUCGGACGACGAUCUUAAGCCUGCGAACGACUUAUCAAAACACCGCCGGCAAGCCCCCUUACGGCCCGAGCAUCUUCGCGAAGCAUAUAGACGCCGAAGGGCCGGUACUGAAAAUGGUGGCUCUUUGGGGAGCUUGAUGGUUUGGAACCAGCAAACGCAAAAUGGAGCUGAAAGAUUCGCGGUAAGAGCAGGUGGCCGUCGAAUAUUUAAAUAAGAAUAUUCUGCAAUGGGAAUCGUCUCUAUUUCGACUUCGGAAGACGCCGAAGCUCAAUACUUUGGAUAUUGGGUAUAUUUUACUCAUAGGCCUAACUACAUGGCAAAGGUAUUGUUGAUAAUCCACAUAACAUGAUGAUACCAAGUGCCAUGUUUAACAAUAUCCUAUAUCUGUUUAGGUCUUUUACCGUGUACUCAUAGAGAGAGUAUACUGCUUAAUGUCCAAUGCGGUAUGACCUUACAACACUACACCUGAAUGCCUGAUCUGCGAUACGAGCUCGUCUGAUUCAUCAUCUGAUUCCGACUAUUUUGAUCAACUAAUUCGAUCGACCAUGUGCGGGAUUAGAUAGGAAGGGAAAUGGGCCAAACAAUCACAGACAGCUAGCUGACUGAACCCCGGCAUAUUCAGAUCUGGCCUGAAAUGUAUACCUAGCUUGCCCUCUAAAAAAGUCUAAGCAAAGACCUAGUCUUCUUAUAGCUGAUACAAGUUUGAUACACAAAUAUCUUAGAUACCAUUUGGUAUUGGAUAGCAAGAGUACAUCUCUUUGCAAUACCUCCAAUACUACACCUAAGUCCCUGAUCCACCUAGGUAGGCACUAUAGAAACAUGAGAUGUUAACAGUAGCUUAAUUGCAAUAAUUUAUGGAGUGGUUACAUGUCCUAAUUCGAUAUAUAAAUUACUAUGCUAAAU